GUAAUAACAAACGCACAAUGCACGUCUUGACAUUUUUAUCACUCAGUACUGCUGUUGUUCUGGGACUUCCGUCUGAUUUGCAAAGAGUAACAGGACCUAACACUGAGAUUGAAAAAUAUCCCUCGACUGCUAACCUCCAAAGGUGGCAUCCAAUUCAACAUGGUUUCUUACAGGAUUGUGGUGGCACCAUUCUCAAUAACCGAGCUGUUCUCACUGCUGCUCACUGUGUAGCUGGCGACAGCAUUAGCCAGUGGCGCAUUUUUAUUGGCUCUUCGUAUUCAUUUCCUGCUCUAAGCGACCGUCAAGUCCACUCAGUCAACCGCAUCAUCAUUCAUCCUUUGUACAGCUCUAGAACCUUAGGCCAUAACAUUGCUAUCCUACACUCUCCUACAACUUUUACCUUCAGUAACAGAGCAAGGCCUGCUUCUAUAGCAGGUCCCAACUAUAACAUUGCAGAGAAUGAAACUGUAUGGGCCGUUGGCUGGGGCCAUCCUUUCAAUUGUUUGGAGCCACUAUCUCUGACGCACGAGAGGCGAGUCAUACCCUACUUUUUGCGUGAAAUUCAACAAGUUAUUAUAAACCAGAACAUAUGCAGAAACAACUAUGCGGCUCGAAAUAUCGCCAUCACCGAUAACAUGUUGUGUGCUGGCUGGCAUACUGAUGGACAUGGACACUGCAAUAGAGACUCUGGUAGUCCUCUCUACCAUAAUGGUGUGGUUGUUGGUGUCUUCUCGUUCAGCAUCGGUAUAGCUCAAGCCAACUUCCCCAGUGUCCACACUCGCGUAUCCCAUUACGCCUCUUGGAUUCAAACAAAUGCAUAAAAAGAAAUAGACUGAAACGGAACAUUAAGAUUUAAGUUGACGGAAAUGGUUUCGAAUUAA